AUGCUGCCUAUUUUUUUGCUUGUCUCUAUGGCUAUUUUGGGAGCUACCACUAUAUUGGGAAUUGCCACAAACCUUGUAAUUGUAGUUGUGAAUCUUGUUGACAGGGUAAAGGGAAAAAGUCUUAACCCGUCAGACCUCAUCCUUGUCACCCUUGGCCUAUCAAACAUGACUUUCCAGUUCAGCAUGACUGCAAAUGACUUCUUAAGCAUUUUGUGGAGUGACCUUUACUUCUCAGAUGCUGUUUAUACAACUUUCAUUACCCUGCUGCUUUUUCCCAUCUUCUCUAGCUUUUGGUUUACUGUAUGUCUAUGUGUCUACUACUGCUUGCAGAUUGUCAUAUUCACCCAUCCUUUUCUUGUGCAGCUAAAGCUUAAAAUCUCUCAACUUGUACCAUUUCUUCUUGCGACAUCUGUCUUUAUUUCUGUGGUUAUUAGUAUUCCUGGAAUAUGGAGCACCUACAGGGAUCCCCCUAUUUCAAAUAUUUCAAACAAUCAAAGCUUGGAAAUGGAGCUACCCAAAUUGAGCUUUACGUACUUGUUUUACAGCAAUAUUAUUGGAUGUUCACUUCCACUGGUGUUUGUUGGGAUUUCCAAUUGUCUAAUCCUUAAGUCACUGAUAAGCAAGAGCACUAUGUUUGAGAAAAACAAGAGUGAUGUGUACAGCCCACGAACUGAGGCCAGAGAGCGAGCAGCAAGGACGGUCGGUUGCCUACUGCUACUAUACAUGGCCUUCUAUAUCUCUGAGAUCUUUAUGUUUGUUGAUUUUUUUCCACCCGGUAGCCCUGGAUUUUGUACCUGCUUAAUGGUCAUUUAUAGCUACCCACCUACACAAUCAGUGAUUCUAAUUUUUGGUAGCCCCAAACUAAAGAAAGCGUUGCUGAACCUUCUCCAUUUCUCUAAGAUAUGUGGCAUGGAACAGAUGGAGACUCCUAAGAUUCUUUCAGUCAGCUUUUAA